GAAGCCUCAUCCCACCAAACCCCUUUAUUGAUAUCCAAAUUACUAGAUUUUGACUCACAUGACCAAUCGUGGUUGGUUACUGGAUGGUUAUAGGUCAAGAGGGAGAAAAGAUUUUCACUAUUCAGAUUAAGAUAAUUCAAAGAUUUAUGUUUACAGCCUCAUCCCACCAAACCCCUUUCUCUAUAUCCACUCCUCCAUCUCCUCCCCCGCUCUUUGGUGCUCUCCGAUGCUUUUUGCUCGCCGGAAGUCAUAAUCGCCUUUCGUGCCGGAGCCGUUCAUGCUGAAGCACGCGGCAUUAUUCAAUGGCCGGAAGAACGGCAACCUCUCGAUCUUUGUCGUUGUCUUCUCGGUCGUCCUCUUGGUCUUGUUCAUGUACAACGAAGACAUCAAGUCCGUUGCCGAGUUCCCCUCCUCCUCCAGCACUGGAGCCAAAUCCCAGGAGGUCACUCACCAAUACCAAGACCCCUCCUCCAUCCAAGAAGACUUCCAGGUCAAGAACCACCACCAAGUUCGAAAGACCAAGAGCAAUAAGAGCGCAAUAACAGAGGCGGAGGCGCAGCAAGAAGAGCAAGAGGAGAGUCCCAUCAAGGCGGUUUUCGCGGAUGAGGACGGUCCCAGGGUUCAGCUACCGUUGCUCGAGGAGGAGGCCCGCGAGGAGCGAGCAGCCGAGUCCGGGCCUAAGGGGAGGAAGGUCAGAAAAGAGGAGAGCUUGGCCGAGGCGGAGUUUGAGGAGGAUCGGGGAGCGGUGCUGGAUAGGACGGUGGUCGGCGUGCCGGAGGGGUGCGACCUCUUCGCCGGCGAGUGGGUGUACGACAACAUCACGCGCCCAAUUUACGAGGAGCAGGACUGCGAGUUCCUCACGGAGCAGGUUACGUGCAUGGGGAAUGGCAGGAAGGACGAUUCCUACCAGAAGUGGAGGUGGCAGCCUCGCGAUUGCAACCUGCCUCGGUUUGAUGCGAGGAUACUCUUGGAGAGGCUGAGAGGGAAGAGGCUGAUGUUUGUAGGGGACUCGUUGAACCGGAACCAGUGGGAGUCCAUGGUGUGCCUGGUCCAGUCUGCGGUUCCUCCAGGCAAGAAGACACUCGUUAAGAACGGCUCGCUCAAUGUCUUCCGGGCCGAGGAGUACGAUGCUACGGUGGAGUUCUACUGGGCACCGUUCCUGGUGGAAUCGAACUCGGACGAUCCGAACUUUCACAGCAUUCAGAACCGGAUCAUCAUGCCAGAAUCAAUCAAGAAGCAUGGGAAAAAUUGGAAGAAAGUAGACUACCUCAUCUUUAAUACCUACAUCUGGUGGAUGAACACCCGUAACAUGAAAGUCCUGAGAGGAUCAUUCGAUGAGGGAGCCACGGAGUAUGAUGAGGUAGACCGGCCAGAAGCCUACAGGAGGGUCCUCAAAACAUGGGCUAAGUGGGUGGAAAAGAAUGUGGAUCCCCAGCGAACAAUGGUGUUCUUCAUGAGCACGUCUCCUAAUCAUUUCAAGAGUGAGGCGUGGGACAACCCGAGCGGGAUAAAGUGCGCAAUGGAGACGAAACCGGUGAUAAACCCGCGGCACGCGCUGGACCUGGGGACGGACUGGAGGCUGUUCGAGGUGGCGAGCAACGUGACGAGGUCGAUGAGGAAAGUGCCGGUGUGGUUCGUGAGCAUCACCGCGCUGUCGGAGCUCCGGAAGGACGCGCACACCUCCGUCCACACGCUGCGGCAGGGGAAGCUGCUGACGCCGGAGCAGCAGGCGGACCCGGCCAAGUUCGCCGACUGCAUCCACUGGUGCCUCCCGGGCCUCCCGGACACUUGGAACGAGUUCCUUUACGCCCGCAUCGUCUCCGGUCCUCGGCUCAUCUGACCGAUGAUACCUGCACCCCUUUUUCUUCUUAUAAUUGUUUCCUCUUUUUUUUCUUUUUUCUUUCCAUCCUGUUCAUAUUUCCUAUUUGAACAAUUAGGCAGUACAAUCAAUAAUAUCAUGAGUUACAAAAUGGGCUAAGCCUAUAUUUAUGGUA